UGCGGAUAUUUAGCAUCCAGAUAAGGCUAACAUAUAGGACCCCGCCUAAUACUUUACAUUCUUUUAAAGGAAAGAAUGUGUAAGAGGCAGUGUUACAUUUACUUGUGUAAAGUUACAUUUACUGGUGUUAAACAACUUUUCUGAAAAAAAAGGGAUACAAUUGACAACCCACUGAUAAUGUGUGAUUGCUGUACAGAGGUCACGUGAUCGAUUUAAGGUGGGACCUACAUUUGGAUGGCUUUUCCUUCCCCAGAGAUGACAAGACGCGCACGAAACGGUGAAUUUUUUUCCAAAUUAUAAUAGAAUUAAUGAUUCGUCAUUUAAUUCUGAGAUGCAACUUUCGAGUUAUUAAAAAUGAUUGUAGCAUAAGAUCAAAAAUAGUUCCAUAUAUUACAACGUCAUUUGCAAAAAAAUUCUCGAUCAUUAAAGUGUAUAAUAUAAUGGUUUCGAUUAAAUCUCAAAACCUAUUUUUUUUGUAUACGACACAAUUAAAUAAUUGAAUUACAUUCCAUCAUUUCAUUGUCCAGUUAUUCAGCGGUGCGCAUUGAAAAAAACUCAAUAAUCUUCAGAUUUUGUUUUUACAAACGGCAAAUCUCGACGAUUUCUUUGUCAGAAUAAAACAAUAAGGAUUUAACAUUCACCGGUCAAUACACUAGCUGCUAUAAGGCCAAUCUGAUGAACCAAUAAGGGUGAAGCAAAGGAGUAGUUACAUACCUGUGACAUGUGACAGGUAGGUUUAGUCUUACUUAAUGAUCAAUAAUUAUACUAUAUACAAGACGACUCGACAGGCUUAAGACAAUGUUCCGGAGUUCAAGCCUGUCUCUCAAACCCUCCGAUAUAAAUUACACGUGUUCUGCAGUGGGUGUGACCAUAGAGGAACUUGACAUUCAGGUCAGUGAGGGGAUGAAGGGUGGCCCAGAGCCCCACCCCCGCACACUCCCCAAAAUACAGGUGUUUCUACACAACGGACAAUACUUCACCCUCAAUAACACCGAGUUACACCUGUGUCAUCUACUGGAAAGGCGUGGAGAAAUAAAGUCUGUCCGUGUAAACAUGGUUCCAAAAAGCAAAAUCCCAGGAGAAGUAAUCAAACUGCUGUUACCCGAGGGAGAGCGGUCCGAGAGUAGUUCACAUACAGACACACAAGAGAGUUCUACUUGUGACAAAUGCAGUGAUGAGACCGGCUGCACGUUAGAUGAUAUAAAUACUGAGUCGUGGGUGGAUACAUACAAACAUAUAGGAUCAGGGGAGGAUUCAAACAGCAUUCUCUCCGUUUGUUUGAACUCCGAUGUCGAGAGUGUGGAUAGCAUUCCUGAUCUCGACCUGUUCACUUCACCAGAGAGCAGCACCAGCGCCAGCACAGAAUCGGACUUGGGAGAAGACAUUGAGAGCUUCGUGUGACGCGGCCUCACUUUUCCAGUCCAUUGAGUAUAUCAUAUCAUUAUGCAAAUCAAAGCCCUGCUGUGUCAGUGUAUGUUUUACGAAUAUACUACUAUCUUUUAAAUGUGGUAUGGAUAGUUUUACAUUUUUUAAUUCCCAAAACUUUAAGAUGACUAUUUUGUAUGAUGGUCAAAUUGCACAACGAUUGUUUUUCAACAUUUUUACUUCCUUGCAUAACACACAACAUACCAUAGUGUAUUUAUUCUUUUUGGAAUUCAUUCAAUAUUAACAUAUUCCUACAUCAAUAAACUUUAAAUGUCAUAAUUUAACAUUUAACAAACUGAUUUCGAUUUUCCUCUCCAAGUUUCUCAAUAAAACUUGAUGAAUAAAAACUGAUGCAUGAGGCUGAGGACCUCUGGGUAACGGAAGUCACAUUCGCCGCCUUUCUGACGCUUUCAGCGAAACAAGUCGUCUUUAGGGACACGCCCUUAUAAUACAAGCUCUGAGUGUCAUCAAAUCGCUCUAAUCUUAAUGCCAUUGAUGCACCUCUCAACAAUUCACGCUUUGUUCGACAUCUAAUUCUCCUUAUGAUGGAGUUCAAAUAAAUCACCAACAUUUCGACUUCAUUCAACUAAAAUAAACAUAUCUACUGUAACGUUAUAUGUUUCCUUAUUCAUGCACGUUACAUGUAUUUACAGUUGUUUCCUUGCUCAGCGAUUUGCCUAAUAAAUCAAUAAUUUAAAAGACCAUAUAUUUGUAUGUGAAUGCCUUUGGCUAUGUAAGUAUAUUCAUAUAUUUGCAUUUCCAUUGUUCUUUCCCACUGUAAGCCCAUACGGAGGAGCUGCAAUUAUUUCUCUAUAAUCGCAAUUGCUCUGUCAGUAUACUAUUACGUCAUAAAGGUGUAACGUUACAUAUACUUUUCCAUGACGUUAUAGAUUAAACCACUAUACGAUACAUCAUGUGUUUUUCUCCAACUCCAUUAAAAUUGACGUAUUUACAUGUAAUAUUAAAACAUGUUUUUGAUAACAUUUUAAAGGAAUUACUGUUAUAACAUAUCAUUGAUUCUGUUAACAAAUCUAUGUGAAUUAAUAAGAUACAUUACAGUCUGAAUGCUUACUUUUGAUGUAAUAGCUAAAUGUCAAGGUCUAGGCUAAUACAGGGUAUUUGCGAGUGGUAAAUGCAAAUAUAAGUAAUAAACAACGAUUAUUUAGUGAACAUGGCGUUAUGAAU